UCCACUCCACUCCACUCCACAGACGACUCCGCGUACGCCCUGCGAGAGAGCGAGGUUUGCAGGAUGGAGAGGCGGCUGUUCGAGACGGUGAGGCACGGCGGCAGGGCGCUGUACAGGCUCCACGCCGUCACGGUGGCCGCCUCAACGCUCCUGGUGCUCUACUACCGGGCGACGCGCGUGCCGGGCUCCGGCGGGAGGCGGGCGGCGUGGCUGGGGAUGCUGGCGGCGGAGCUCUGGUACGCGGCCUACUGGGUCGUCACGCAGUCGGUGCGCUGGAGCCCCGUCCGACGCUGCACCUUCAGGGACAGGCUCACCGCCAGGUACGGAGACAGGCUACCUGGUGUGGACAUCUUUGUAUGCACUGCAGACCCACUUUCAGAGCCACCAAGUCUCGUCAUCUCCACCAUUCUAUCGGUCAUGGCAUACAAUUACCUAGCCGAAAAAUUAAGUGUGUACCUUUCUGAUGACGGAGGCUCGGUCCUCACUUUCUACGCUAUGUGGGAAGCCUCCUUAUUUGCAAAGCAUUGGCUACCAUUCUGCAAGAGAUAUAACAUUGAGCCAAGGUCACCGGCUGCUUAUUUCUCAGAGUCAUAUCAAGAUUUGUGCACCCCAAAAGAAUGGUCAUUUAUCAAGGACAUGUAUGAUGAAAUGACUGAGCGCAUAGAUACGGCUGUCAUAUCACGCAAAAUUCCUGAAGAGAUCAGAUCAAAUCAUAAAGGGUUUUAUGAAUGGAAUCCAGAAAUUACCUCAAAAAAUCACCAGCCAAUUGUGCAGGUUCUGAUAGAUGGCAAAGACCAAAAGGGAGUUGAUAGUGAAGGAAAUGUGCUUCCAACCCUUGUUUACAUGGCACGUGAGAAGAGGCCUCAGCAUCACCAUAACUUCAAAGCUGGGGCAAUGAAUGCUCUGAUAAGGGUAUCAUCAGUGAUAAGCAACAGCCCUGUCAUCAUGAAUGUGGACUGUGAUAUGUAUUCCAACAACAACGAUACCAUCAGAGAUGCAUUGUGCUUUUUCCUUGACGAAGAAAUGGGUCACAAGAUCGGUUUUGUGCAGUAUCCUCAGAACUAUAACAACAUGACCAAGAAUAAUCUAUAUGGGAACUCCCUCCAUGUCAUCAAUGAGGUGGAGAUGGGUGGUAUGGACAGUUUGGGUGGACCUCUGUAUGUUGGCACUGGAUGUUUCCACAGAAGGGAGAUCCUUCGCGGCAAGAGGUUCACCAAAGACUAUCAAGAAGACUGGAACGGAGGGAUCAAGGGUAGAAUACAAGAUACUAGCAUAGGUGAGAUUGAAGAGAAAGCAAAGUCUUUAGCAACCUGCACAUAUGAACAUGACACACAAUGGGGAGAUGAGAUUGGGUUGAAGUAUGGUUGCCCCGUGGAGGAUGUAAUCACCGGAUUGGCGAUACAUUGCAGAGGAUGGGAGUCAGUCUACAGCAAUCCUACAAGACCAGCGUUUAUGGGUCUAGGUCCAACGACACUUGCUCAGACACUACUGCAACACAAGAGAUGGAGCGAGGGUAGUUUCUCAAUCUUUCUGUCAAAAUACUGCCCCUUCUUGUUUGGGCAUGGAAAAACCAACUUACGACAUCAAAUGGGCUACUGUAUCUAUGGGCUAUGGGCACCCAAUUCACUCCCUACCCUGUAUUAUGUUGUCAUCCCUUCACUAGCCCUCCUCAAAGGCAUCCCCCUUUUCCCCAAGAUUACGAGUCCAUGGAUCGCACCCUUCAUAUAUGCCUUCUGUGUGAAGAACAUGUACAGCCUAUAUGAGGCAUUAUCAUGUGGAGACACGUUGAAAGGAUGGUGGAACGGACAAAGGAUGUGGUUGGUUAAGAGAAUAACCUCGUUUCUCUUUGGAGCCAUUGACACAGUUCGAAAGCUAUUAGGGCUAUCAAAGAUGACAUUUGUGGUUACACCAAAGGUAAGCAUUGAAGAUGAAUCCAAGAGGUAUGAGGAAGAAAUUAUGGAAUUCGGGUCAUCGACUCCGGAAUAUGUGAUCAUCGCAACUAUCGCGUUACUCAACCUUGUUUGCCUCCUGGGAGGGCUAAGCCAAAUCAUGACAGGUGCAUGGAAUAUACACUUGGAUGCAUUUUCCCCCCAACUCAUUCUUUGUGGGAUGCUAGUGAUAACCAAUAUGCCAUUCUAUGAAGCAAUGUUCCUGAGGAAUGACAAAGGCAAAAUACCAUUCACAGUAACAUUAGCUUCUUUUGGCUUUGUGAUGUUGGACUUUCUGGUGCCAAUAGUUUAAGUGCCCACAGGAGACAUCAGUGUCUAAUAAAGUACUCAAGUUGGUAUGCUUUAUGGUUCUCUUGAAAUAUAUUUCAUCUAAGAAACUUCAUGUGAUUUUGUGUUUAUAUGUGGCACCGCCUUGGUGGGCAGACAAAAUUUGUCCUAGCCCUUUGACUCGAGAUUAGCCCUUGACCAAAUUACCAUUGCGAAAGUUAAAAAAUACCCAAAUGGAAAAUGUUAAGAAUGCCAAUACAAUCAACGAAGAUCUAACUCUAUUUUUCUGCGAGAAAGAUCUAAGUCAAUACUACUCCUCUAGCAAUAGUGAAAUCCUGGUAUGGGACUUGUAUAGAAUCAAAGCUUUAGAUGGACCUAUGAAUACAAAGGAUCCAACCACUUUCUAUAACUGAAUGAAGAAUGAGUUUUCUAGAUUUAGCAAGGUGGCUAGGACAUGGAAUUUUUGUAAACCCCUCCAUUUUUCUCCACAAUGCUACACGUAACCUCUUCCCAUCCCACGUGUACCCACCUCAAACCACAAUUUCAUGAGAUGCCAUCACCUCCACCUAGCACAACUGGCCUCUCCUCCAGUGCCUUGACUCGUAGAUUCAGUGAUACAGCCUCCUUAGUGAUUUUUUCGCUAAACACGACAACUGCUGCCAAGACUUUAUCAUUGGAACUAUUAUUUUUAUUCAGUCGCAUCGUUGGCCAGUGUGGGAGGCUCUGAUACUAGAGGCUGUACGGUGGGAUACUUGCUGGACGCGAAAGUCAUCGCUGUAUAGGUGUCAUGGUACAAUAGGAGGGUAUUGGGGAAUUAGAGAAUUAGAAAGGUACAGUAGAAGCAUAGGUAGGAACUAGA